AAAAAAUAAAAUCUAAAAAGAAAAGAGUGUGUAAGGCUUAAAGGCUUUGCUUGCAAAUCCCUCCGUCGUCAUGUUGACCCACCACCGACACUACUGACGGAUUCCCCAAGUCGAUUCUUCUCCAAUUCAUCUUCACCUGCAUAUUCAGAUCAAACCGUUACCAUUGUGAUUCACAAUCGAUCAACCUAUGCCCAAUUUGAAAUAUUACUUUUAGGGCUUAAUUCUGGCUGUGGUUAAGACGGAUCGAUCUGCAACUUGUUAAGGUAAUGCCGCCGCCAAAAGCUUCGAGAUCGCUCACCUCCUUGUUCGGACUCGGAAAUAGAGAAACUAGGAAAGAUGAGGUGCGUGUGCCUUUGCAUGAGCAGCCUUCGUUGAAGUUAGAGGCUAAUAAGAAAGUAUAUAGGCCAGGUGAUCCUGUUACCAUUACAAUCGAGAUCCGAAAUCCUCCUGGUGAAUGUUCGCUGUUAGUUGAUCGGCUAAGCUUUGAAGCCAAAGGCAUUGAGAAAUUGGACACUCAGUGGUUUAGCACUCACAAACCACUACCCGACUCUAAUCAGAAGAGGAGAGGUGAAUAUGUUUUCUUGGAGUCUUCAGUGCCAUCAGUGAUUUCAAAUCAGAUUCUGUCACCUGGAACUACAAGAACAUAUAUCUUGAGGAUAAAUUUGCCAACAAUCAUACCUCCAUCAUACAGGGGCUCCACUGUUCGCUAUCUAUAUCAUAUUAAAAGUGAAAUGUCUGGAAAAUAUCUAAAUAUGAAAGAUGGACACCCACAUGGAGAAUCAAUGCAGAAACUCCCUGACAUAGAAGCUCGCUUGCCACUUCAAAUAUGGGUCACUGAGAAAACAAAUGGCUUGUUAAAUGAAGAAACUGGAACAAAUGGGAUUGUUCCUACUACAACUAUUCUCUUGGAUGUUUAUUGGAAAGAUAUGGGUGCUGAAUCUGAAUGGGCUAGAGCUAAUGAAACUUUUGAUGGAGAAGAAGAAGGUUAUGAAAGUCAAAGGGAUGAUAUUUCUUCUGUUUCUUCCUACAAUCCAGCAAUGGGAAGUUUACAGAAAGCAUUUGGAAGCUCAAUAUCAUUACCUUCAUCUGCAGCAAAGUCAAGUAAAGAUGUGUCCUACAUUGACCAAAGGUCAACCAUGUCUUCAUACAUGGCAAUACCUCGGCUUUCUGCAGCUGAAGUGCUUUAUGGUUCUAGUGAAGAUAACUUAAAUGCUCCAAAUGAGCAGCUAAAAAUUCCAAAAUCACCCCCUAUGAAUGAUGAAUUGAGAGUCUCAACUGGCUCAAGAACUCUUGAACCUGUUGCAUCAGAAGGUCUGAUUCGAGGAAGAUCAUACAACAUUAGGCUUGAUGACCAAGUUCUACUAAGAUUCUCACCCACAAAACCUGAAUCAACUUAUUACUUUGGUGAUAUGAUAGGUGGAACUCUUACCUUUUUCCACGAGGAAGAAACCAGAAGAUGUCUUGAGCUUUCAGUUACCUUGGAAUUAUCAGAGACUAUAAGUCGUCGCUCUGCACAUCCUUCUAGAAAAUAUUCCCCAACAAUUACAAAGAUACAAAGUGAUCACCAUGAAGUUGUUGCAGAUUUGGUGCAAACAAGCUUUCAGUUUUCAGUUCCCAUGGAUGGGCCCAUGUCUUUUUCCACUAGACAUGUCUCUGUUCAAUGGGUGCUUCGCUUUGAAUUUUUUACUACUCCAAAGAAUGUAGAUUGGACAAGAUUUGAGCAUCCGCUUCUAAUAGAGGGAAGAGACAAAUGUGAAUGGAACCAAUGUGGGACCGCUCUUGAUGUAACAUAAACAAAGGGGUCGUUGGUAAGAUGGCGGCGUCAGGGGACAAAGAAAUUGUGAUGCGCUUUUUGGUUUGGGAAAGAAUUGAUUGUAAAGUUUUAUCUUCUGGGAGUAAUAGACGAUGUUAUUGGCAUAAUGAUUUUUGAUACGUACUUAAAUUUUUAUUUUUUUAUUUUAAAUUUCAGCUGUAAACAUUUUGCCAGGUUAUGCCUCAUUUUAUUUGUAUUGUUUGGAUUGUCUUCUUUUAU